AUGACAUUUUUCCACUUCAUCAAUUGUGUAGCACUAGCCUAUGCUCCAUAUUUUAUUGCAUACAAGUAUUCAGGUCUCAAUGAGUACAGUUCAUUUUGGCGAUGUGCGCAAGCUAGUGGCGGAUAUUUCCUCACUCAGCUGAUUAAGUUGUUACUAUUAGCGACAUUCUUUCCUGCUGCGGAUGCUGAGGGAUUUAGUUUAUUGCCGGAAUUACUGAAAAGUAGCGCUGAUGUCGUAGAUGUGAUUGGCAUGCAUAUAGUGAUGACGCAUUUGUUAAAUGGCAAAGGAGAGGUUCGAUUCCUAGCAGGCGGCCUUGGAUGGGGUGCAGCACAUUCGGUAGCAAGCAGCUUCAUA